AUGAAUUCGAACAUCGAUAUUCAAAACUCAACAAAGAAAGAAAUACCCAAACCAAUACCGACUGAAGAUUCAAAAUCAACACCAAUCCUGAAAAAAUGUGUUUGGAGGCCCGUCUUGGGCUCAGCAUUGGGGGUUCCAUGGCCAACUUUGAGUCAAGAUGCAGCUGAACAAGUCUUGGAAGGUGUAACGGAAAUUCUUAGGGAUUUUACAUCACAAGUUAAUUCAUUGGGAUUAAAACAAAACGCGACUCGGAAACGUAAGACCAAGCGGAAACAUAUGGAUGACACCGCAAGCCGAACUCUAUCAAGAAUAUCUGAUAUUCAAGCGAUGGACGCUGAUGUAGUUCAAGACGAUCCCUGUCCUGAACAAACGAGCGACGCGAGUUGUCCGCCUGCCACCGGAAUGUACGACGAUCGCCUUUCCGAAUUCAGGAAUCGCGUACCAGACACAAAGGAUCAAACGAUAAUCUCAUCUCCGCCGACGGAUCCAAAACUUGGCAUGAAUUUUACUCCGCCGAUUGAUGCGAAAUCAAAUAAUAUGGCAAACCUUGAUCCGAUACCACCGCAAGCCACCGAAACCUCAACAUGUGGAACAAAACUGGCCGAACGGCUUUGCUUUCGCAGAGAAAGGACAAAGUCAAAGGAUCAGGUGAUCGUGGGCAUCAAAGUCAUCACUCAGAUGCUGGAAAGUAGAAUACGUGAAUUGCAAAGCUCAACUCCUCGAAUCACGUCCAAGCCCAAGACACCUACCCUUGAAACAAGGAACGGAUCUGUGGAGCCGGAUGACGCGCCUUUUAAGAGGCAGUACAUAUUUGUAUGUAGAGACGACCUAAAUCCGACAAGUGUGGUCGAUCAUCUACCUCUCAUGAUUGCUUCCUUAAAUCGUAUGCUAUUGUCAUGGAAGCCUUCUUCUGCAGCUGAUCAAGCCAAACAAAACUCUGCUUGGUAUCUCAUCUCACUCCCCCGAGGCUCGAGUGCAAAACUUUCUCUAGCCUUGGGUAUCAAGCGAACUGCUGCCGUGGCGAUCUCGGGUUCUACACCGGGAUUCAAUGAAUUGAUUAGUCUCUACCUCACCUGA